GGUCACACCACUCCUUGAGUGUUAUUUAAUCAUUUUCUCUUAUCACCAGAAUAAUGAUAAUCUGCAUUUUCCGAGAUCAAACAAAGCCCUCGAUCGCUUCAAUAUCACUCCAAUGCAAGCGCCGCCCUUUGCGAAGGCUGAUCAGCUUAAUAGUGAGCUUGAUAUCAUAGCCACUUCAACAGCCCCUGUGAUAUCCACAAUUCGUCUACCAGGGCAACCACGCAUUCAUAUUAAUCAGCGUGCAAAAGUCAAUGAUUUUCUCAAGCAAGAGUUUCUUUUGAAGGACCUAGAUGAAAUCUCUCCGUAUCUAUGGAUGAUGUCAAAGCAUGACAGCAGAAGCAUCUCUCCACUACAUCGCCAAAAGCUCAAAGGUCGCGAUAUCGUUAUCACUGAAGACCCACGAUUACACUUAGUCUGGCAUCACGAUCGCAUAUUCAUCAAACCACUUCCACAAUACCUUCUAUCCCAUUAUUUUUGGGAGGCUUAUCUUUGCAUCAACCGCCACUCUUCACCAGAGCAGAUUGCUCUACAAAAAUCAGUUCUAGGAUAUCUCAGAACAUACAUCUAUCUCAUCAAAUAUGAAUCAGAUUUUCGUAUGGCUAUCGAUGAUAAGCUUCAAUUGAUACCUCCUGAUGUUACGUUUUUGAAAUUCUGCGACUUUAUCGCACCUUUGGAAAACCUUCUUGAUGUCGAUGUCGCUGGACGCUAUGCCUACGGUGAAAUUCGGCUUACGCGACUCAACCUCUAUUCGAAAAUCUUCUUAAGGAAGUUCAGCUUCCAUCGUGUUCGUGCGCAGUACUCUGAUUAUUUUGCUUCAUUCUAUGGGCCUUUACUUUUCCUAUUUGCGAUACUUUCAGUGGUGCUAGGUGCGAUGCAAGUUUCUAUGGCCAUUGACUUUGAUGUAACCAAGCAGUGGAAAUCUUUUGAGCAAUUUUGUCAAUGGUUUAGUGUCAUUUGUAUUUCUGUAGUAGCGAUUUUGGUUCUUUGGCUUGGGUUUUUAUUCUUAUAUAAAUUCAUCAAGGAAUGGGUUUAUGCCAUCGCUGAACAUCAGAGAAGGAAAGGCUGCUCUAAAGACUGUUCUAAAGUCUGAUUAAGCAGUUGGACCUUUUGAGCAAGGCAUUAACAAUUCCGAAAGAAUUUCGGUUUGAGGCUUCAUUAGUAGGUGCAACGACUCAGAUAUACUGAGUAUGAGGGGUGAAGUGGUGUCGUGUCGAGGAAGCAUGGAUGUAGGGGUGAGGCAUUAUAUAUAAGUAUAUACAAGGUGGAUUUAUUCACAGCAUUCAAGAUACCGAUCCAAAACCAUAACAUCCGUAAAACUCGAUCGUCUUCUUCGCAUUAUUAAAUUUAGAUAAUGCAAGCUCUUACAGAAUGUUCCCCUAUUUCUGUUCACGCGAGUGAUUUCUCCACGCUCCAUAAUUUUUCCUUGAACGCCGGACGAGGAAUUGGAGAGGUGCUGCCAAUGAGCGGGAAUAACAUACAGAUUUCCAUAAGGCAUCCACUAGGCUACAUGGGGUAGAUACAUCGUCUUUACCUACUACCAAUGACGGCUAGAUUUUGGAAUUGUCUACCCAUAAUCUUCAUUGGUAAAUAUAAUAGCUUAUAUCUAAGUACA